AAAAUGUGUUUAUUGUUAGGAUAAAGCCUUGAGGUGUUGUCUUCGAGUGGGUUUGCGCAGGUGUGGUGACAUUCAAUUAGCUAUAGUCUAAUAUGAAUUGGAAAUAUUGUGCAUCAAUUAGUUGUCUUGUAGGGUAGCCUUCUUUUACCGUCAAGUGUAGUUGGAUAUGCACUCGAGAAACAUCCGCAAAAAAAGGGAAAAGAACAAAAACCACCUGGGAAACACCCACCCCACCCACGGCCAAACAAGGCAGGGGGCAACACCGAGCACUCUUUCUUUACCUGUAAACUGACGCCAGAAAAAGAACUUUUAGAUACGCCUUCUUGUUCCCUUUGUACCAGGUUGAAAUUAUUGGUGAAUCAUUUUGGACGAGUUAAGGAUGUAUGGGGGUGACAGAGACUCACAGAAUCUUCCAUGAACCUACAUCCACCUUCACUUUCUUCCACAAGAGAGUUCACGGUCUGCUGAGUUUAGACGCUUGCGUUUUUCAACAAUGGGACAUGUUCAGAAGACAAAGAGUGUUUUGAAAUGUCUGCUUUACAUCCCUAUUACACUCUAUGCUGUCUACUUUAUAUCUCCGUGUUUGAGACUUUUAAUAGGCUACCUUCCUAUGGACAAAUGCUCUUUGGAAAGUGCAAAGAUGCUGUCUCUGGACAACAGUGUGGACGCCAGCCUCGACCUUUGGUCCAGACCUGAUGUGCUAACGUGUACAUCUUGGAAAGCUCCCAUUAUCUGGGAAGGAAUGUUUGACCCGGAUCUUUACGAUCAGAUGCACAAGACUGAAGAAUCCUCUGUGGCUCUUACAGUGUUUGCUGUGGGCAGGUACCUGGAUGCUUACCUUAAGAACUUCCUGAACUCAUCAGAGCAUCACUUUAUGUUGGGUUUGCCCGUAACGUAUUACGUGUUUACGGACGUCCCAGAAAAGGUGCCAGACAUCAAGCUUACUCCUCAGCGAAGCAUUAAGGUUAUCAAAGUAGAGAAGAGCUCCAGGUGGCAGGAUAUCUCUAUGAUGCGAAUGAAGGCCAUAUCAGAUGUCAUAGAGUCGGAUAUUCGCCACCACUGCACGCACGUCUUCUGCUUUGACGUUGAUCAGGUGUUUACUGGGCGAUUUGGCUCAGAGGCUCUGGGAGAUUCUGUGGCUCUGCUCCAUGCCCACUACUACCACCUUCCAAAGAGGUUGUUUACCUAUGAUCGAAACCCAAAGUCCAAGGCAUACAUGCCAACUGGGGAUUUCUACUACCACGCUGCCAUCUUUGGAGGCUCGUGGAAGAGAGUAAAAGCGUUGACUGAGGCCUGCUACUAUAGCAUCAUGGAGGAUAAACAGAAUAAUGUGGAGGCUCUGUGGCACGAUGAAAGCCAUCUCAACAAGUACAUGUGGCUUCACAAACCAAGCAGGGUGCUCUCACCAGAGUACUGCUGGGACACCAGUAUCGGCUACAGGAGCGACAUACAAGUCACACGACUACUGUGGGCACCAAAGCAUUAUGAUACACUUCGCACACCUUAGUGUGUUUUAGUCUUAAGUGCAAAAUCACCUCUUAUAUUUAAUAAGUGGCAUUCAAAACUUUCUGACAAACGUGACGCUCUCAGGUUCCCAUGCUCCAUGGCUCCUUGUUUUCUCAGGGGAUUUAUUUGCAUAUCUGCAAGUGUGGAUUUCCUUUGCAUAGUUGUAGUGCUGUUCUACAAAAUAGCUUGUAAUUCCAUAUUUGUGUGUUUUUAAGAAUAUCAAAGUGUGUAUCUGCACUGGUUGAUGAAAGUCACAUUUUUUUGUAAGUCAGUUUGUUUCCCAAUUCCUACUUUUUUGAUAGUAAUGCUUGAAGUAGAAUAAAUCAUUCAUCAGGUUGUUUUGCCUAUGAAUGUUACAAACAUCAUAGGCCCGUCCCACUUACCGAUUCAGGAAAGUAAUUUGCUGUUCUUUGUUAUCUGUAUCCAGUGUUAUAGGCUCGUUCAAGAUGAGCCUAGCAUGUUAAGUGGAUAGGAGCAGGCAACAAUAGCAGGGGGCGGAGACAAAAAGCAGACAGUGUUCAGCCAUUUCAAACAGCCCACAGUCGGUACAAGAAAUCAAAUCCUGUUGAAUCAAAGUUCAACUUAUGAA